GGGAGCCCCAGUUCCGGUCAUUGACCAAUGGUCAAAACUUUAGACAGUGUUAGACAUAAUGAUAUCCAAGCACCGAGGCAGCGCCAGAGCAAAUAUAUUUGAGUGAAUAAUGACAACUUGGCGAUGCUCUUUGACAUGAGUACAGGUCUGUAAGCCUGAUUAAUUAUGGACGAAGAAGUGAGGAUAACAUUGGCGGACAACGAGAUCAACGCAGCAGACGAAUCCCAGGACGACGCCGGACAGCAGACGACAGGAGGAAUGGCGGGAAACGGGACUCAGAAAAUAGAACCAGACGUCUUCAUCCUGAUGGGGAAGGACGUGAGAGAUGAUCUGGUCGAUAACGACGAGAGGAGCGACUACGAGGAAGAUGAUGACGAGGAAAGUGACGAUGAGCCGCUGCGAGAUAAAUUUAUUUUGGAGGAGCACCAGGACCCCGCCUCUAACUUCCCAAACACAAGGGCUGGAAGAGCUCGUUAUAUGGUGGGUAGAGUUAUGGAGCACAUAGCCUUCCACCUGUUGACGAUUCUGUUGAUUCUGUUGGACGUCUCCAUUGUGAUCACGGAUCUAGCGGCGGGGGAGGCAGCUCACCAUCACGAGGAGUUAGAAAUCUGUAGCAGGAUCAUCAUCAUCUACUUCACCAUAGAGGUCAUGUUUCGGAUCUUCUACAAAGGGGAUGACUUUUUCCGUCAUUGGGCUGAUAUAUUAGAUAUGAUUGUUGUGUUUGGAACCUUUAUUAUAGACUUCACUCUAAGUGGCUACGCACGAUUGAGUAUCAUUGGACGAACGGUGCGGAUUAUCCGGGGAUUGAGAGGUGUGUACAUUAUGUACUCGGAGUACCGCAUGUUUAAGAAAGCCACAAGGAGGGUCGUAUCCCAGAACAAGAGGAGGUAUAGGAAAGAAGGCUUUGAUCUGGACCUCUGUUAUGUUACAGAGCGAGUGAUUGCCAUGUCCUUCCCCUCCUCAGGCGUACGGUCUCUGUACAGGAACCCUAUCAGAAAGGUUGGGAAAUUUUUGGAUAAGAAGCACUCCAACCACUAUAAAGUCUAUGACUUGUGCAGUGAACUGACAUACAAUAGAGAUGUUUUCCACAACAGAGUCGAAAAAGUUAGGGUAGACGACCAUAAUGUUCCGAGACUUAAGGAUAUGAUCAACUUCUGUGAAGACGUUAAAGACUGGUUAAAAGCAGACGAGAGGAACAUUAUAACUGUUCAUUGUAAAGGUGGAAAAGGGCGAACGGGAACCAUGAUAUGUACCUGGCUCAUCCAUACCGAAUUAUUUGAACAAGCUCAG